CCCUGCAUGCAAAAAAAUAGAUCGAGACUCUCUUUGGUCCUCUUUUAAUAUGUCCUCGUCUCAAUUGAAUUGGUCUUCCAGUGAUUGCUGCAAAUGGGAAGGCAUCACUUGUGAUUCAGCUGCACGAGUUAAACAUAUAUCGCUUCCCUUCAAAGGGCUCAAACUCAAAGAAGGUUUUUUCUCCUCUUCUUCACUAGGCAAUCUUACACAUCUCACCCUCCUCAAUCUCUCCCACAAUUCACUUUAUGGUUCAUUUGAUCAAGCCGGAUUCUUUCCAUAUUUGAGUCGGCUUGAAAUCUUAGAUUUGAGCUAUAACAUUCUUGUUGGAGAGCUACCAUUUUCCUUACUAUCCAGUAGAAUGCGGAUACUGGAUUUGUCCAGCAACCACUUCCAUGGUUUAGUCCCAUCUUCAUUCUUCCAAGAAGCUUUGAAUUUGACAAGUUUUAAUAUCAGUAACAACACCUUCUCAGGUUCCAUCCCAUCCUCUAUUUGUCUUCAUUCAAUUCCCUCCAUACAACUAUUGGACUUUUCCUCCAACAGUUUCAAUGGUAGCAUUUCUGGUGGGAUAGGAAAGUGUUCGAAACUUCGAAUUUUUCGUGCUGGUCAUAAUAACCUCUCAGGAGUACUCCCAAAUGAUAUCUAUAAUGCCUCCAAGCUGGAAGAAAUUUCAUUACCUCAUAAUUCACUGUAUGGAGAUAUCAGUGAAAGAAUCGCCAACCUCACCACUCUUACCUCCCUGGACCUUAACACUAAUGGAUUCACUAGCAUGCUCCCUGUUACUAUAGGUAGGCUCUCCAAAUUGAAACUAUUGUUCCUUCAUUUCAACCAUCUAAAUGGUUCUUUGCCCUCAUCUUUGAUGAAUUGUACCAACCUCAUAGAGUUGAAUUUGGCAUACAACAAUUUAGAAGGAAACAUUUCGGUGCUUAACUUUUCCCAACUUAGUCAGCUUACCAAACUGGAUCUGGGGACAAAUAACCUCACCGGUGUCAUUCCGAGAAGCCUUUACUCAUGCAAGUCCCUGAAAGCAAUUCGGAUAAGCUAUAACAAGCUAGAGGGAGAAAUACAUCCUGAUAUUCGGUCGUUGAAAUCAUUGUCGUUCUUGUCCCUUGGUCACAAUAGAUUGACCAAUAUCACAGGGGCAAUGACGCUACUGAUGCAUUGCAAAAGCCUAGUCUUCCUUGCCUUUCCAGGUAGCUUUGUAGGCGAGGAAAUGCCAGAUUAUCUUGGCAUGGGUGAUUCUGAUGGGUUCCAAAACCUUCGAUUUUUAUCUCUCGUCGAUUGUGAGCUCAGUGGUCAUAUACCUACAUAUUUUUCUAAGCUCAAAAGGCUAGAGCUCUUGUAUAUUGGAAACAAUAGAUUAACAGGGUCAAUUCCUAGUUGGUUGGGGAAUCUUCCAAGACUCUAUUCUAUCGACUUGUCAUCCAACCUCCUCUCAGGUGAGUUUCCCAUGGAACUUUGUAGACUGCCAAGGUUGGUAUCCAAAGGAGCUGCAGUUCAAGUAGAUGGUGGUGAUGAUCUUGAAUUACCUCUCUACUCAGUCCAGGGUACAUCAGUUUUACAAUACAAAUGGUCCUACUUUCCUCUAGGUAUAAGCAUAAGAAAUAAUACCAUUAGUGGGAGCAUCCCUAUUGAGAUUGGUCAAUUACAGCUUCUCCACUACCUGGACCUUGGCAACAAUAAAAUGACGGGUUCAAUACCAACAAACACCCAGCUCCAAAGCUUCAAUUCUUCUGCAUUUGAAGGGAACACAAAUCUUUGUGGCGCUCCACUCUUGAACAAAUGCCGAACGAUCGAAGACAAGGACCCUAACAGCCGAGAUGAUGUUGGGAGUGAUAAUGAAAGUGAUCAAGUUCCAUGGCUUCAUAUAUUCGUUGUUCUUGGGUUCAUAGUUGGAUUUUGGGGAGUAUUUGGCUCUCUGGUGCUUAAGAAAAAGUGGAGGUAUGCAUAUUUCAGUUUUGUAGACACGGUUCAAGAUAGGCUGUAUGUGUGUGUAUGGACAACAUGCAGAAAUUAA